GGUAUAUUUUAUCUUCUAUGGGUACAACGUGUAUUCCCAUACACAUCAGACAUAUACAAAAAUAUCAGUCGUUAUUGGUUCAAAAAAUAAAAACUUAAUUUAAAAUAAGAAAUGGGAGAUGAAAUAAUAUGUUAUAGUUCUCAAAAUAUGAAAGAUAUUCAAUUAUAAAACUCACCAGUGGGGAAGAACGAGAAAUUAAAUAUGAUCUAAGAUCACCUAUUGAACUCAUGUUAAUCUGUUGAUUCCUUAUAUCUUAAAGUAUUUAUCAAAUUUUGUUAUUUUUUGAAAUAGAAAUCUCUAAAAAAUGACUCUGUUAAGAGUUAAUGAUAUAAAUUGUAAUAAUAAUAUGGAAUCAUUGGCAGAACAAAUCGUAGAUUCAAAUGGAAAUACUCGUUAUUUCAUUUCGAACUUAAGCAAUCAUCCUGAUAUUGACACAUUAACAGAUCAGGUAGGAAGAUUAACAAAUAGGACCUUGUAUUUUACAUCCGCAUCGAAUUAUUACGUUAAUUCUACUCUAUCAAGUUAUCUAGAACUAGAACCAGAUGGAAACACGUACGAUUUCACUCUGAAUUUGAGUAAUUAUCAUAAUAUUGGCACAAGAACCGAUCAUGUAGGAACAUUAACAAAUAGGAGCACUUACACCUCUUCUAUCCUAACUGAUUAUUCUAACUCUACUUCAACAACCUAUCGCGAUCUAGCAAUUUAAGUUAACAUAAUUCUCGUAAAGUUUUUAAAACCUGUAGAGAAUGAUUAAUGAAAAUGAAGUUUUUCCCCAAAGAUUCUGGGUCAGAUACUGAUGGCUCCCUUAAGGGGUAAUGUUAUCAAGUUAGGGUUCUACAACCCGAAUACAAACAAAUUUGUCAAUCUAAACUCUCAAUUAUCUUUUAACUCUAUCAACUAUAUUAACAUUUUAACUUUACA